GCCUUAAGCUGAAGGUACAGCCUACAGUUUACACUGAAGGAGCUUGUGUGUGGACAAGAAGUGCUGACAGCUCAAAUGGAUCCCAUGGAACUGAGAAAUGUCAACAUCGAACCUGAUGAUGAGAGCAUCAGUGGAGAAAGUGUUCAAGAUGGCUACACUGGGAUAGGAAAUUUAGAAAAGGCAGCAAUGAGCAGUCAAUUUACGAAUGAAGAUGCUGAAAGUCAGAAAUUCCUGACAAAUGGAUUUUUGGGAGAAAAGAAGCUGGCAGAUUACGAUGAUGAAAAUCAUCCCGGGACCACCUCCUUUGGAAUGUCUUCAUUCAACCUGAGUAAUGCGAUCAUGGGCAGUGGGAUCCUGGGCCUUUCGUAUGCCAUGGCCAACACGGGGAUCAUACUUUUUAUAAUCAUGCUGCUUGCGGUAGCAAUAUUAUCCCUGUAUUCAGUUCACCUUUUAUUGAAGACCGCCAAGGAGGGAGGGUCUUUAAUUUAUGAAAAACUAGGGGAAAAGGCAUUUGGAUGGCCUGGGAAAAUCGGAGCUUUUAUUUCCAUCACAAUGCAAAACCUUGGAGCAAUGUCAAGCUACCUCUUUAUCAUUAAAUAUGAGCUACCUGAAGUAAUCAGAGCAUUCAUGGGACUUGAAGAAAAUACUGGAGAAUGGUACCUCAAUGGCAACUACCUCGUCAUAUUUGUGUCUCUUGGAAUCAUUCUUCCACUUUCUCUUCUUAAAAAUUUAGGUUACCUUGGUUAUACCAGUGGAUUUUCUCUUACCUGCAUGGUGUUUUUUGUCAGUGUGGUGAUUUACAAGAAAUUCCAAAUACCCUGUCCUCUGCCUGUUCUGGAUCACAAUGUUGGAAAUCUGACAUUCAACAAUACACCUCCAGUGCACAUGGUAAUGUUACCUAACAACUCCGAGAUUAGUGGCGUGAACUUCAUGAUGGAUUACACCCACCAGAAUCCUGCAGGGCUAGAUGAGAACCAGGCCAAAGGAUCUCUUCAUGGCAGUGGAGUAGAGUAUGAAGCACACAGUGAUGACAAGUGUCAACCCAAAUAUUUUGUGUUCAACUCGCGGACGGCCUACGCAAUUCCCAUCCUAGCAUUUGCUUUUGUGUGCCACCCUGAGGUCCUUCCCAUAUACAGUGAACUUAAAGAUCGGUCCCGGAGGAAGAUGCAGACAGUGUCAAAUAUUUCCAUCACAGGAAUGCUCAUCAUGUACCUGCUGGCUGCCCUCUUUGGUUACCUAACCUUCUAUGGAGAAGUUGAAGAUGAAUUACUUCAUGCUUACAUCAAAGUAUACACAUUUGACACCCCUCUCCUCAUGGUGCGCCUGGCAGUCCUCGUGGCAGUGACACUAACUGUGCCCAUUGUCCUGUUCCCAAUUCGUACAUCAGUGACCACACUCUUAUUUCCCAGAAGACCCUUCAGUUGGAUAAGACAUUUCUUGAUAGCAGCCAUACUUCUUGCACUUAAUAAUGUUCUGGUCAUCCUUGUACCAACAAUAAAAUACAUCUUUGGAUUCAUAGGGGCUUCCUCUGCCACUAUGCUGAUCUUCAUCCUUCCAGCGGUUUUUUAUCUUAAACUUGUCAAGAAAGAACCUUUUAGGUCACCACAAAAGGUUGGGGCUUUAAUUUUCCUUGUGGUUGGAAUCAUCUUCAUGAUUGGAAGCAUGGCACUCAUUAUAAUUGACUGGAUUUACAACCCCCCAAAUUCCAAGCGUCACUAACCCAAGGAAAAAUACCUUUUCUAUUGGAAAUGGUGGCAAAUUAUGCUGCAAAAGACAUUUGAGUUCUAUUAUUUGGAAUGUUAUUCAUAGGAAAUAACAAGAAGAUUCCAAAGAUGUUUAUAGUAACAUCACCAGGCACCCGCGGAAGAAAAAAAACAUCAUUUGUCAAGAAUGGCUAUUUAUAGGUUUAAAACCUGUGGUGUGUACAUUUCUACCCAGGUUUUUCUAGAGCAGUGAGAGAGGAUGUAUUUUUGCUGUUGCACAUGCAGAAUAAGGGUAGCUGCGUGGAACUGUCAGAUAAUACCCUUUCCCUCCCCGCAAAAUUACCAAAUGCUUAUAUUUUCAGAACAUCCAACAAAAAUGCCCUGGUGGCAAAGCUGUGACCCCUUAAUGCCUUCUCCCAAUCCAGCACCAAAUAUUCUAGGUCUAUUUAAUAACAGAGGCUAAAGCCAUGUCUUAUGAACUGUCCCUGAAAGGUACAUGAAUGAUCAGACAGCCGGCUAGAACAUCUUAUUGUCAACAGUGAAGGAAUAUUUUGCCCAUUUUGUUUGUGACAUUGAAUGAAUGACUUCUUCAUUCAAUAGAUUUUUGGUAAAUGUUAAAGACAUCUUAUUAAACACAGGCAUACUUUGU